AAUUUCUAACCUCAUUGUUUUGCAGUCCUCCCUCGGAGGGUUUCCCAUUAUAACAACGGGUAAAUCUUCAAGUCGUCAGCCGAGGAAAAAGGGUAAAUGAAUAUGUGUGUGUGGCAGGGUAUGAAUUGAUUCUGGACCCCUUUCUUUCCAAACCAAUCCAAUCCGAGCCCGCCCCCCUCUCCAAGAACUCUUUAUACAAUAUUUAUAUUUUCUUACUCUGUCUUUUUUUUGUUUUGCUUUACGGAUUUCCCCACAUUUACUAUUAAAAAAAUCAGCCCUUUCUUCUGCCUCCCCCUGCUCUUUCUUUCCUUUCGUGCAUUUCCAUAUCUCUUUUCUUUCUUUCUUAUCUCCCAAUAUCUUUGACUGGACUUUUUUACCCCCCCUUCAUCGCACUCAUAUGCCAUACACUGCAUCUCAAGCGCCAGCACUGAGUAGUCCUCUUGACGCAUCUCAAGGCUGGUCGCAAAAAAGAGUACAUCUAAAUAGGCGAUCAGCAUCACACGAUCUUGCUAAUGAUUCCCUACGCUUGUACACAGGCGAUUUCAAUGGCCAUAGGCGAAGCGCUCAUACCAAUGAGGUGUUCCUAAAGUUAGGCCAGUUGGACACGACUGGCCCUCAUUUAAAGCACUCGCGACGUAUGUCACUUCCAGCGGAAGAACAGCCCAUGAUCACAGCUCCUGUGAUGAUUCGGAAAAAGAGUGGAGAGCUGGUCAAGUCCUGUGUAAAGAAAGGUAGCAAGUCGGCCCCAGCCACCCCCACAUGGCCCAAGUAUGUACACUUUGACAGCCAACUGGAACAUGUUCGCCAUUUUCUUCAAGCGGAGACCCCAAGUGCUGUCUUGGAGGACAUCGAGCCAUUGAGUUUGGACACCGCAUAUGGGGAUGCACUCCUUCAUGAUGGUGAUGACCAACGCCGACAACCCAGCUUAAAAUAUCCCAAUGGGUCAUUUCAACCAUCAACAAGCGUUGCUCAGAUGAUCAGCGUUGAAUCCGUGGUUUUGUCACCAGAUAACCAAUCUUUAACUGGCCGUGUGCGGGUUCAAAAUAUUGCUUACCAAAAGCGAGUGAUCGUCAGAUACACUUUUGAUUUGUGGAAGACAUGCAACAAUGUCGAAGCCGCAUAUAGAGAACCUGUUGGACGAGACCCACAAAAUAGUGCCCUCGACCGAUUCAUGUUCAACAUCCCCAUCCCCCCAACUUUGGAUGACACAAAAGACGAAACGACAACCCUGUUUUUUGCUGUGCAAUAUCAUAUCGACAACCGUGAAUUCUGGGAUAAUAAUUCCGGCAUGAACUACCAAAUCGAUAUUUUACGCCCAGCCGCCACCUCAGCGGCGGCAACAGCACGCAACAACAGAAGGAAGUAUUUGGAUGAAAAAAUCAAACAUGACUUGCUUGGAGCUGAUAUCGUUUCACUAAGCUCGUCACCUCCGUCACUGUCGUCCUCACCCAAUUUAUCAACUAAAACACAAUUCGGUAAACGGUACAACUUUGGCCAAGCGCUAUCACAUGUACAAGACCUUCAGCCCAACGGGGAUUCUCACUAUGACGAUCACCACAACCACCGCCAUACAUUAAAACGUACUGGAACAUUCCCUUCUUAUUUUUCAUCUAUACCUGGUGUGACCACAGCUGCUUCACUAGAGGAUGCUCUUUCGUCCCAUAUCAUUCAUACGGCCAAACCAGAUGACGCAAAGUCAAAAGUUAACUUGAUCGAACAACACCAAUCCCCACAACAGCCACAACCUUUUCUUGAUUCAAUUCGCAUGCCUCCCAGCAACAAUGCUAACAAGCCAGCUGCUUGGACUGCAGGUUAUUUCGAUUUGAUCAACAAGUACUGUUUCUAUAGCGGCAGUUUAUCUAGCGAUACCUCCGGCUCCACUACGCCUAGCUUGGUUGAUCCAGCCAGUGUUUAUGGAGAGCCAUUGGUAUCCGUCUUGGUCAACCACAAUGUUAUCCAUGGUUAAAUCACCCCAAAAAAAAAAUACAUACACUCACACUUCUCCCUUUUCUUUUUUUUUGUUGUUGUUAGGAUUGUUGCUUUUUCCAUAUCUUCGAGGCUUCAUCGAAUGUUGCCCUUUUUUUUUUUUCUCUCCCUUUCAAUUUUUCUAAACGUCAAAGCUAUGACAGCUCUUCUUUCUUUCCAUGUAAAUACAGUAUUAAAAGGAGAUAAUUCAAAAAGCUCUAUUUUGCCAUGAUGAUCAUCGUGCAGGGUUAUGACAUACCAUGCCCUAGAGUUUCCUUUCCAU